AUGUCAGAGAAGGCAAUUAGAAGGAAACUAGUGAUCAUUGGCGACGGUGCUUGCGGUAAGACAUCUUUACUGUAUGUAUUUACAUUGGGGCAAUUCCCGCAGGAGUACCAGCCGACUGUGUUCGAGAACUAUGUUACGGACUGUAGAGUGGACGGUAUAAAAGUUAUGCUUGCCCUAUGGGAUACGGCAGGUCAGGAGGAGUACGAGAGACUUCGGCCCUUUUCGUACUCCAAGGCUGAUAUAAUUGUAAUUGGGUUCGCUGUUGAUGACGAGGACUCGCUCGAAAAUGCGAGGGAUAAGUGGGCGCAGGAAGUGUUCAGAUACUGUCCAGACGCCCCCAUUGUCCUUGUCGGGUUGAAGAACGACUUGCGGAACAAUGUCGAUGCUAAAUUAGUAUCCCCGCAGAUGGCUGAACAGGUAGCAAGAGCCAUUGGUGCCAAAAAAUACAUGGAAUGUAGUGCUCUCACGGGCGAAGGUGUCGACGACGUCUUUGAGGUUGCCACAAGGACAAGUCUUUUGGUAAAGAAGGAUCCGGGACAUACCUGCUGUUCCAUAGCAUGA